AUGCGAGUAGCGGUUAUUGGUGCUGGUCCCAGUGGUCUUCCAGCUAUCAAAAGUGCCGUUGAGGAUGGAUGUGAGGUUGUUUGCUUCGAAAUGUCUAACGACAUUGGAGGCCUUUGGAGGUAUAAGCCAAAUGAUUGCCCAGGACCUGAAAAGAAACACCCAAUAUUCCCAUUUGUAAUGCUAAUGUUUGAAGCGGUAAUUUUGCGAAUUAGAGAAAAAUUGGCGAUGAGUCGAACUGCCGGCACUGAUAGUGAUUUUCCACCACCCAAAGAGGCAGCAAACUUCAUGCACAACACAGAGUUGUUGGAAUACUUCAGAUCAUAUGCUAAACACUUCGAUUUGGAAAAGUAUAUUCGUUUCUCACAUAAAGUAAAGUCUAUCAAAAGAAAUGCAAACUUCGCUGAAACAGGACAGUGGGAUGUGGAGUGGCUUGAUCUUAAAACGAACAAUAGUGCUGUGGAAACAUUUGAUGGAGUAAUGGUAUGCACUGGUCAUCACACCGAUCCUUAUUGGCCUAAACCAUUCCCAGGACAAGACAAAUAUACUGGAAAAUUAGUGCACAGCCACGAUUACAAGGACCACAGAGGUUAUGAGGAUCAAACUGUUGUUGUCAUUGGAAUUGGCAACAGUGGUGCAGACAUUGCCGUUGAGCUGAGCAAAAUAUGCAAGAAGGUAUAUUUGGCCACUCGAUCUGGAUCUUGGGUAAUGAAUCGAGUCUGGGACGGCGGAGAACCAGCAGAUUUGGCCUAUUUAAGCAGAUUCAUGUUCUUCCUAAAGCAUAUAACACCAUGGUGGGCACAGAAUUACAUACUGGAAAGGAAAUUGAACAAAAGAUUUGAUCACGGAAGAUUUGGCUUGAUGCCAAAGCAUCAUGUGCUAGCUGCUCAUGUUACAAUCAAUGAUGAGUUACCAAAUCGUAUUAUCUCUGGAACUGUAGUGGUCAAACCCAAUAUCGGCUCCUUCACGAAAGAAGGGGUUAUUUUUGAGGAUGGAACGGAAGUGGCGAAAGUUGACACGGUUAUUUUCGCAACUGGUUUUUCGUUCGGAUUUCCGUUGGUAGAGGAGGGACAACUAAUUCCAGUUAAAGAAAAUCAUGUUGAUCUUUACAAGUACAUGUAUCCUGCACAGUUAUCUCCAAAGAAUACUCUUGCUGUGAUCGGGCUUGUACAACCGACUGGAUCUAUAAUGCCUAUAUCAGAAAUACAAACAAGGGUCUUCGUAGCGGCCUUAAAUGGUAAAAUAAGAUUGCCUUCCAAGGCGAAGAUGGAGAAAGACAUCAAACGCAAGCACGAAAUAAUGGCGAAAGAGUUUAUUGUCAGUAGAAGGCAUACAAUUCAGGUAUAUUAUGUAGACUACAUGGAUGAGAUAGCGAAACUACUUGGAUGUAAGCCGACUCUUUCAUAUCGAUUUUUAACGGAUCCAAAACUGGCAAAGGCUUUACUCUUCCAUGGUCUUGUUCCUUACCAAUACAGGCUACAGGGACCUCAUUCUUGGCCUGGAGCUCGCGAAGCAAUUCUUACAUUCGAGGAGCGCGUAUUCAAUACAACUCGAACAAGAAAAACUAAGGAAACAUUGAGCAGCAAACCGCCAAUCAAAAUGUUCCACCUUUUGCGUUUGUUAGAGUGA